AUGGCCGUGCUGUUACCUUACUUUGUUGUUUCAGUCUCUACCAAGACAAAAAUCGAUACCAGCAUUGAUCAGUCAGCUCUUCAAGCACUGAAAGCUCAUGUUGUUAGCGAUCCUCAAAAGAUUUUGAAAACCAACUGGUCUAUUACAACUUCUGUUUGUAAUUGGGUUGGUGUCACUUAUGGAUCUCGACAUCAAAGAGUCAUAGCUGUUAAUCUUUCUAACAUGCUUCUCACUGGCACUCUACCACCUCAAAUUGGAAAUUUAUCUUUCCUUACUUCACUCAACUUGAUGAACAACUCAUUUCAUGGCUCAUUACCCAUUCAGUUGGCUAAUUUGCAUCGACUGAAAUUUAUAGAAUUGGGUGAAAACUAUUUUUAUGAAGAGAUUCCAUCAUGGUUUGAUUCCUUUCCUAAACUUCAAUACUUGUUGUAG